CGCCCGCAGCCUGCGCGCCGGCAGCGCUGCCGCUCCGCGCUGCCCCGCCAUGCCCUAGCCGGGCCCGCCGGGGGCCGCGCACAGCUCGGGGAGGCUCGGCAGCGAUGGCACCCCCGCCCCCGCGCCCCGCCCGCCCCUGAGGGCGGCUGCUGCCGCCGGGAUGUUCAGCUGGCAUCGGAGCUUCACCCUGGGAGCGCCCUGGAGGAGAGCAGGUAAAAAGAGCCCACCUGCUGAGGACAAGGUCGUGUUAACACACAUGAAGAUACUGAGCAAUGAAGGAAUUCAAAACCCAGGGUUAAUCCCAGAGGCUCCAGCUGACACAGCCUGCACAGAGCAGUCCCAUCUUCCCGGUGCCAGUGUCCCACCAGACUGCCUGGGAAGCCCAGACGCCGCAGGCGCAGCUCCAGACUGUGCGGAUGGCCCGGCAAGCAGUGACCACGUAGCCACCCUGCCUGACCUCAGCGCCUUCGAGUCCAAGUGCCGGCUUCACAGAUUCUCCAAAUUCGAAUCUGAGGACUCGGGGGUUGAGUUGCCAAGCGGUGCUAAUUCUCCAUCCACACCCACGGGCUCAGAGAAGAGCUUUGUGCUUCAGAGCAGAGACUCAUUUUGUGACUCGGGUGUGCUUAGCACCUCUUCUUCUCCAGAAAUUGACCAUCAGUUAAUGAGAACAUGUAAAGAACAUGCCAGAAAUGUUAGCCUACAAGAUCCAGAGAGCAAAAAGCAAGCUGAUUACUAUAGUCAGGAGGCAGAUGCUGUGCAGGAUCCUACAGCUUCCCUUGAAGACUUCAAUGACCCUCAGGAAGAAAGUCCUGAUGAUCAUUUUUACCAGGAUGACAAGCAGUCAUCUCCAGAAAAGGAACCUACCACAGAGAUGGACCUUUCCAGGGAAAACACUCUUUCCACCCCAGGUCCCGUAGAAGAGCCAAAGACAAUUGCUGACAAUUUUUCAGAGAAUUUUGGCAGCAUGCAAGACCUUCAGAUCCAUGAACACCAGCUGAAGAAGUACCCCACAAGUGAUAGUCUGGAUGAAUACAUGGAUGAAUGCUGUAGGCUGAGUGAGGUGAACCAAAGUAACAGCAAAGCCCUGGGAUCUGGUCUGGGAUAUCUAGAACACAUCUGCCAACUGAUUGAGAAGAUUGGGCAGCUUCAGGAGCACAACUUGCGUCUCCAAAAACAAGUGUGCAGCUUGCAGAAAGAGCAGAAGAUGAAUCAGAUAAAAGAGGAAUACAUUCUGCAACAUUGCUCCUGUGGAGCUGCCAGUAUCUUCCUUAACUCAUAUCAAGACAUGAAAACAAAUUUUGCUGGGAGGAGCAGACCUCACAGCCUCUUGGUUCAGACUGGAAACUCUUCUGAUCUUUCCAUCAUCCCAGAAAUAGGAGUGAACAGCGAGAAGCUGAGCAGCUGCAAUGGAAGUGAGAGAUAUCUGGAAUCAGGAAAGAGCCAGCCGAUGAUGGGGCUCAGGAAGUCAUCAAACAAUAGGAACAACAAGGAGAAUGAGUUCAGAGAAGUUGGGAGUAUGGCUGAGGGACAGGCCUUUCUGUCAAAGGACCCUGCAGUAAGAAAGGCUCUGGACGUCAGCAAGAACAUCUCGGGUGAGAGCCAUGCUUGGAGGAGAAUGAGAGAUCUUAUGAGGAAGACACGGUUGACAAACCAGAACAAGCUGGGGCUGUCCUCUGCUGCUCUGAAGAGGUCCUGCCCACAGCUGUAUAGGCCAGAUAUUAUGUCUUCAGAGCUGAGGAAAACUGAGAGAAACUCCAUGAUUGUUCUGGGACAAAAUACAAAGAAUGAAAACUUAUGGCCUUUCUGAUAACCUGAGUCAAAUGGAGCAAGGUAAAAAAGUCAAGGCAAGAACACCAAAGGACACAAAAUCAAGAAUCCCGGGGUUACUCUGUGCAAUCUACAUCCUGCAAUUGUCAAAAGAGCAACUCUGAAUUGAGUGUUGGAAGGGAAAGAGGGAAGGGGGAUGUUGAGAAGGGUUUGUGGGCAGAUACAUGCUCAACUAUGUAUGGCUUUGCUCCCGAAUCUGAAAUGUACUUUAAAAAGUCAAGCCACAGAUGAAAAUUGCUGUUAGCAUCUUGGCAACACAAGCAACAGGGACUUUUAAGAUUUGGAAAUUCUUCCUCUUUUCUGGGUUGGGAACAGAACUACCUGAAACACCAAAGCUUUUAAACUAUCGUUACUUUCUGGGGACGUCUCCAGCUGAAAUAAGCAUUAGCUUUAUGGAACAUAGCAUCAUCUGGAGGAGUGCCAGAGACUCAUUGCACAGGGCAGAGGUGGCUGUUAAAAGGACAGCCUCGUCCCUCUGGGAACCUGAGUUGCAGUCUCUGUCCCUAGCACAGUUCCUCCCUUCAGAGCUACCUAUAGCCAGCUGUGCCAUUUCACUGGAAUCCAACAGGAAAACAAAAUAUGUAAAGCUAAGGUCAUUCCUGAAUCCACUACUAGCUUCCUGUCCCGUGGGCCUGCUCCUUCUGCAGAGGUCCCUGGACUCUGGUGCUGCACUGCACAGAAGUUGGCAUUGUACACACUCAUUGUAAAGACCAGAGUAAGCAGCACUGCAGGAAUCAGCCUUUCGAGAGACUGGAGGGGCAUCCAGGGCAGCCUCUGCCCCAGCCAUUGUGUAAUCAAUCUUGUUCUCUUUUUUUGAUGGGGGACAGGACACCAGGCUUGAAUUCAUACUUUUAAGUCCCAUUGAAGUGCUCUGUUUGUGCAGGUGGGAGCCUGAGGCUGUAGGUGGAGCAGUCAUGCUGCUGUAUGGCUCCGCCUGCCCUCUCUCUACUAGGAAAACUUGAGAAGGAGAGGAAGGCUACAAGGAAGGCUACAAAUACAUCCUUUAUAAACUGGUGCUCUUUUGGGAUACACUAACAACUGUGAAACACCAUGACUGUGUGUGGUGGCUGCCUUAUUGCCACAUGUCCACUGCUUCCUGACUCAAGGACCAGGCAGUGCAUGCUUCUGAACGCCCCAUAGUUGCAGAGGUCUCUGCAGACUUAGCUCUUAUUGGUACUAGCAAAAUAAUUAAUACACAUGGGGUAAAGGUUUAAGUAAAAUAACAUUGCCUCUUGAUAAAGGAUUGUUCUACCCCAUAAAUUAUAAUAUAAUUACAAGUCAAGCAAUUGCUGAUUAAAAAUCCCUCCCCAACCCCAACUUGCCUGAGAACCAAGAUUUGACAAGCUGGCAGGAAUGAUCAGCUUCAGCAGGCUUAGUUUUUCCAUAACAGAUGCUUCUUCCUUGCUCAUCCCACAUCAGCUGCAACCAUCCUAGUCCUCCAAACCAGAACAGGAUCUUUGCAGGGAUGAGUGAGGGCAGGGUUCAAGUACUCAGAAGGAUUGCUACUGUUGUUACUUAGCAUCUCAAUAAACCCCCACAAACAUAAUGACCAAACCCCACAACCCAAACCCAAAUUACCAUUAAAAAGAAAAAAAAGGCUGUGCUGACUCAAGGUUAGCACCCUAAAGUAGGUGCUGUGUUUAAUGUUUCAGCUGUAGCUGCAGCUGCAGGACUUGGUUAUUCACUGUAUAUCUUGCUAGCUUCAUCCAAAGCUAGAAAGAUGUAUGACUUGAUUAUUCUGUGAAUAUUCUGUAUAUAUCUCCAUAAAUACAGGGGACAAAAAUCCUGCAUUAACUUACAUCCCUCAUUAUCCCUCCAGCUUUUUUACGGUGACUGUACAGAAUGUGAAUCAGUGCAAACUGAAUUUACAGUGUUUUAAGACAUAGCAUUGUGAACAGGUAUUUUCUACAACCCUCUCUAUUCAUGGUAUAAGUUUGUUGGGUGUUUUAUGUUUGUUGUUUUUUGGUUUUUUUAAAACUAAGAUAAACUAGCACUCUUCUUUAUUAUAGCAUUAUGUUAAAUGUGUUCAUGUAUUUUCCAGAAAUAAAUGUAUUUAUAAUGUGUAACAUACUGUAUAGUUCUCCACUCCAGGAUCCAUUGUAAUCCAAGCAUAAGAAAUUUAAUAAAAGUAUCACUAUUAUGGUAA